AGUGUCAAGUGAACUGUCAAAUGCUGGUUUCAAUUUUCUUGUUUAUAAAUCUUAAAAAUAAUACCAAUUUUAUUUUGCUCAUGGCCUUAUGCAUUUGUAUUGCUUUUAAAAUAUUACCUUACAGUAACUAAUUCAUGAUUUGUAAACUAUAUAAGAGAAAUAAAAUGGACAUUUGCGCUACUACGAUGUUUAUAGUGUUUUAUAUUCAUGUACAGUGGAAGCCUUAAUUUUUUGCAUUAUUUACGAAGUUUAGUGUUUGAGAAAAUUCAAUACCAAUUUUUUUUUAAUGAAAUAGUACUCAUAAAAAUUCUUCCUUUUUGCAUCAAGCAUAAGUAUGGCCAGCGUAGGUAAGAAUUCUUCAAAAAAAUAUAAAAAAUAUGAGGCUAGCAAAGACGAUUCUUCUGAUAAAGACGAUAAUAACAGAAAACGACGCAAUGAAUGUGUUACACUAAAUGAGUCUUUGAACAGUAGUGCCAAAAGAAAAAAAAGUGAAGGUAAUGCAACAGUCAAUCCUAAACAAGAAAAAGAUGUCGCUUUGGAGGAAGGAAAGGAAAUUUUCUCUUUAUUGGUCUCAAACAUUCCUUACCAAUGGACAUUUGAACAGAUAAAAGAUUAUUUAAAUGAAAAUUCUAUUGAUGUAAACACAUUAGAAAAAUUAGAAGGUGGUAAUCUUGAAAGAGGACAAAAAAUAGAAUUAACUUUUACUAAUUUUGAGCAAUGUAAUAAAGCAAGGAAACAGUUAAAACUGAAGGCAAUUGAUGGAAAAAAACUUGAUAUUGUUUAUAAAAUUCCUGGUGAAUCAGAUAGUGGUGAUGACAUGGAUAUGCCUUUAGCCAAUAGAAGAACAACAACUCGACCGUUGCCGACAUGGGAAUCUAUAGAUAUAUGGGCAGAAGAACCAACAGGAACUUAUGGUCUGAAACCAUCUUAUUUGGAGUCAUUGGGGAUUAAACUUCCAAUAGAUAAAUGGAUACAUGUUUCUAAUUUUAGAUGUGAUAAAUCGGAAUUAAAAGAAGUAUUGGAAUUAGCCGGUCAAGUUGUGAUCUGUCGUGUUAUUUCUGCAUUUAACAAAUAUGCAACAGUUAUGUACAGUCAUCCAUUAGAAGCUGUACAGGCUGUAGCAAUGUUAAAUGGUCAAACAUUCUACGGACAAGUACUAAAAGUUUUGAUGUAUAGAUGUGAGGAAAAUGAUUUAUUACUACCAAAAGGUCUUGUUAAAGUUGGUCCCGGACUUGGUAUUGGUGGGAAACCUUUAAGAGAUAUCGUGCAACAUUACGAAAGAUAUCUCAAUGGUAAAGUUAAUUGUAUUAAUGAAACAAUAUUUAAUAUACCAAAUGAUACAGAUUUUAAUGAACAAGAUGAUAAUGAUGAAAAUAUUAAAGAGGAAAUAGAUAUUAGUGAAAAUAAUAAUGAUAACCAAAAUAAUGAUAAUAUCACAAAUAAUGAUGAUCAAAAUAAUGAUAAUGCAAUUAAUGCAACCAAUGAAUCAGAAACAAGUGGAAAUGCAAUACCGAAAAAACUAAAUAUAUCAAUGACAAUCACACAAAAUCUAAGACGACCAGAUAUACCUUUGGGUCCUAGUUCUGCCCCAGUACAUCCAAAUGGGGUAUCCAAUAUUAGAAUAACACAAUUCUUACAACAACCUGCAACAAGUCUGGAGAAUAAAUCAUUCAGACCUGGUAUCAAUCAACCUGGUUAUAUUGCCCUAGUGAACAACCCAGGACCAGUAUACGUUAGUCCCCAGAAUAUGAUGGCUACUACGAGGUUACCUCAGAUUGUACCUGUGAAUCCAAGAAUACAGAUUCCUGGUCCAUUCCACGGCCCAAGACCCCAAGGCCCUGCACCUCAAGGCCCUAGACCCCAAGGCCCAGGAUCCCAAGGGCCUUUACCUCCUGGUAAUACGAACGGUUGGUGCGGACCUCCGUUGAAUAGACCGCCUAAUAGGAAUGUUUGUUUGCCACAAAUAACGUCGUCAGUGGUGGAAUUAAGUAAUCUUCCCCUGUCGACGACAUUCCCCACCCUGUCAGAGAAGAUGUCUCUGGUGGGGCAGGUGAUAUCUUUGGAGCUGACGCGUGUGGGCUGCGCGCUCGUGCGCUUUGCCACGCCUGCGCACGCCGAAAGGUGUUAUUUACAAUACAAUAAAUUGUAUGUGAUGGGCAACACUAUAGAGGUGAAGUUUCUGUAAAACUCAAGGCAGCCUGCAAGUGGAUAAUUAAUUGGAUAAAACGCUAAGUUAGAGGACUUAAGUUAUUAUUAUACUAGAAUUUAAGUUAAAUAAGUAUCUCCUCGAUAAAAUUAAAAUUAUCAUGAAAUUUGCCAAAAAAUUUAAUUAUAAGGAAUUUAUUUUUAUUUUAAAAUAUAAUAUACAAUGGAAUCUUUAUAAGUCGAAAUCCUCAGUAACUGAUUCAAAAAAAAAUACUGUUCCUUUUCAAAGAACCCCUAAAUAACAAUCUCGAAUUAUUUAGACUUUGUAACUCCAAAAAAAGAAUGUUAUUUCCGUGCGUAGAUUAAAAAAAAAUGCGCAUUUUAGGAAAUAAUAUUUGGUAACUCGUCUUUCAGAAACUAGACACCAUAAGUAUUUUUUUUUGAAAUAUUAGCAGAUUUC